GUGGGGGUGGCUCUUUUUCCCCGCGGGAAACCAUGUUUAAUCUCUUCUUCUCUUCACUCGCAUUCUUGCCAUUCUCUACAUUGAUAAAUACAUAGCUGCGCUGCUUUUGUUUUAUCAAGCUUGAUUUUCCUCGAGAUCUAAGGGAGGUUCUUUUGUCUUUCGUUUCGUUUGUGGGGAGAGUAUCGCAGACUAUAUCAUGACCACCAGAGGCAAGGUUCUCCUCCUAGGAGAUAUCGACCACGCGCACGAAUCAUGGUCUUCACUCGGCAAGAUCGCUGACCUGAUCAAACCGGCCGCGACCAAUCGCACCGAAUUCAUCCAGGAAUGCAAGGAUGGAAAAUUCGACGGUGUCGUUGCGGCGUAUCGUACCUUUCCCUCUGUUGAUAUUACCGGUCUUGUUGAUGAGGAAUUGGUCGCUGUGCUACCGAGGUCAUUGACGUAUCUUGCUCAUUGUGGAGCCGGCUAUGACCAAGUCGACGUACAUGCGUGCAGCGCGCGAAACCCCCCGAUCAGAGUAUCCAACGUCCCCACGGCCGUCGACGAUGCCACGGCCGACGUAAACAUGUUCUUGAUCAUCGGUGCUCUACGCAACUUCAACACCGGCAUGCAGGCCCUCCGGGAGGGAAAAUGGCGCGGCGUUCCCGCCCCCGCACUGGGCCACGAUCCCGAGGGCAAAGUGCUGGGUAUUCUAGGCAUGGGCGGAAUCGGACGCAACUUGAAGAGGAAAGCAGAGGCGUUCGGUAUGAAGGUGAUUUAUCAUAAUCGUCGAGAACUGAGCGAAGAGUUGGCCGAUGGUGCGAAGUACGUCUCGUUUGAUGAGUUGCUGGCUACGAGCGAUGUGAUUAGUUUGAAUUUGCCGUUGAACAAAAACACCCGCCACAUCAUCGGAAAAGAGGAAUUUGCAAAAAUGAAGAAUGGCGUCGUGGUGGUGAACACUGCUCGUGGCGCCGUCAUGGACGAAGCCGCUCUGGUCGACGCUCUUGAUAGCGGAAAGGUAUUUUCAGCCGGUCUCGACGUCUUCGAGGAAGAACCUAAGAUUCAUCCGGGUCUGGUGCGGAAUCCGAAUGUGCUCCUCGUACCGCACAUGGGCACGUGGACUGUGGAGACACAAACCGCCAUGGAAGAAUGGGCUAUUGAAAACAUCCGUUCGGCUCUCGAGACGGGAAAACUAAAGAGUCCUGUUCCUGAGCAAGCGGAUUUGUGACCGUCUCUCUCUCUCCAAAGGACUGUCUGCAUAGAUGGUAUAUUUAGAAAUAGGGUAAUAGGCUCUAUGGGAUAUAAAUGGCCAGAGAGUAUUUUUACAUAUUACAUAAGUUAUGUAUUGAAUUGGAAUAAGACUGUAUAAAGAAGAAGAAGAAGAAGAAGAAGAAGA